AUGCUAAAAAUUGUAUUGUUCUGGACGUAUGCUCGUGGUUCUAUCCCGUAUUGUCCCUGCAUACGAAAAAUGAAGAAAGUUCUGGGCAACCAUCUGCUGGACCGCCACAUCGUGGCUUUGUACUUGGGUUCAUUACCUCUAGAACUUAGUCACUGGACGGACACAACAGCAGGAAAAAGCAAAGAGACCCAGGUGGAAUAUUUAAACGACGGCCGCAGCAGCGAAGAUCCUCGUGGUGCAUCUCCGAUGGUUAGUCCACUGACGGGGAGAGCCAAUCAGGCGAGGCCGCGUCCUGAUAAAGAUGAGCGAGGAUGA